AUGCAGUUCCUCGCCACCGCCUCCGUUAUCGCCCUGGCCCUUGUGCCCGCUGCCUUCGCCCAGGGCACCGGCUGCAGCGUGCAGAUCCUCAACUCCAACCAGGCCUCCGUCGGCAGCGGCUGUGCCCGCAUCAACUCAGUCACCACCAUCAGCGAUAACCAGGGUCGUCGCUGGGGCAUCAGGGCCACCUCGAGCUGCGGUCUCAGCUCUGUUCAGAACCUGCCGAGCGGCUGGAGUCUGAGACAGAACGGCUUUUGCAACAACUGA